UUUGGGAGGCUCUCAACUGGACUUUUGAAAUGUCGUUAACACAACAUUCCUCAUCUUCCCCACCAUCUACGUGUCAAAAUGAUGUCGACUGUGCAUUUGGAUCGGAACCAGACUCUUAUCAGACUAUGUCUGUUCUUGGACAAUGUUGUGGAGACGUAGGACAAGUUUACUUGGCUAUUUACAAGCCAUUAGACACCCCUAUAGCUCUCAAGAAAUUUAACAUGGAUAAGGCGAAGGAUGAAUUGGAAAACAUUCAGAAUGAAAUAAUUUUAACUCGCCAGUUACGCCAUCCAAAUGUUGUUGUGAUAAAUGCUGCUUUUGUAAUGGAGUCACAUGUCUGUGUGGUAUCCCCCUUGAUGGCAUUUGGGUCUUGUCGAGAUUUAUUGAACAGACAUUUUUCGGAUGGUCUACCUGAACUUGCUAUCGCUUAUAUUUUGAAAGAUAUUCUUUAUGCCUUAGAUUACAUUCAUAAAAAAGGUUACAUACACAGGGCUGUACGAGCAAGUCACAUAUUAAUAAAUGAAAAUGGACAGGCAGUUCUCUCUGGAUUGAGGUAUGCAUGUAGGGUAGUAAAGAAUGGCAGAUGGCAAAGAAAUGUCCACUCAUUUCCUCCAACUACUGCGCGUAAUUUAAACUGGCUCAGCCCUGAGCUCUUGGAGCAGGUUUGUUAUACCUAUCUAGUUGUUAUUUAAUGCAUACUAAAGAACAAAAUUA